UAGUAAUUGGGGCAAGUGUGAGAGAAAAGUUGGGGGUGGACCAUGGACAUGUUGGGUAAAUUACUUGUAUACGUGUGGUGUUGUGAUUGGAUGGAGAGGCAUAAUUGAAGUUGACGAGGCAAGUGAUGGAUAUAAAAGGGAAGAGGGGUUGAUGAGCAACGUGCAAGAGAGGCGAAAGAGCAGUCCAAAAACCGAGUGAGUAUGGAUCGGUACAGCAGCAUCUCAGGGGAUUAUUUGUUAGAUCCUCAUAAUGAAGAGCUGAUGAAAGCACUUUACCCUUUUCUCCAAAGUGUUUCUUCAUCGCCACCAGCUUCCUCUCCUCUUCCAAACCUCUUCUCACCCUCUUCCUCCAUAGGCCUCAAGAAACUCACCCCAACACAAAUCAUCCAAAUCCAAGCGCAGUUUCAACUUCGCCAACUUCAACAGCAACAACUUAUGUCUUCCACAUGUGUCCAACACAGCAACCAAAAGCACCUUUCCCCAAAGGGGGUCCCCAUGAAGCACGUGGCCACCACCCCAACCAAAGCCACAAAGCUUUACCGCGGUGUUAGGCAAAGACACUGGGGGAAGUGGGUGGCGGAGAAGCUUCGCGGUGAAUUCGCACGCCUCAAUUUCCCUCACCUUAAGCACCAUGGCACCCGCGUCUUCGGUGAGUUUGGUGAUUACAAGCCUCUCCCUUCUUCCGUGGAUGCUAAGCUCCAAGCCAUUUGCGACAAGUUGGCUCUUUCUCAGAAACAGGAGCCAUGCCCCUCUCUUAUGAAGGUGGAGCAAGAUCAAGUGCUUUAUCCUGAGCUGGAGGAGUUUAAGGUGGAGUCGGAUGAAUCAUGUGCAGGAUCGUCCUCCCCUGAAUCGGCUGCGACCACUCUUUUUGAUUUCUCGGAUUGUUGCAAGUGGGAGGAACCGGUGAGUUUUGGCUUGGAGAAGUUCCCCUCCGUGGAGAUUGAUUGGGCAGCCAUAUGACUCACCAUCUUGUGUGUCUGUGUGUGUUAAGUUAUUAUCCUUUUGGGCAGCUUCUGCAAUCAAGUUUUUGGCAUUUGCAGACAUGGUUGUUGCCGUAUUUUAGGGCUCUUGGUUUGCGGGUGCUUUUUUUUCCUUGCAUAACCAUGGGACCUUUGUAAUCUUAUCUACUCUGCUUGUUCAAAAUGUAAUUAAACCGUCUUCCAAUACAUCAAGUUAUCCUAAAUCCGUGGGCAUUUUAUUUUUGGUACAGUUUGAUACGUAAUAAACUUUAAUUUAACUUA